AACUGACACCGACAUUUGACUAGUGUCAAAACUUCUCAGGGGAGAUUUAACUUUGUUAAAAUUGCUCCUCUUUUUCUAUCUUAAUAGCAUUUUUCCAGUUUUACAGCAAUUUGCAGGAAGAAAAACAUUUAAUAGUGCCAUCAAACAUGUGCUAAAUGUAUUCGGAACCAUUCCACCGCAUAAAAAAAUGGACAGGGUACCUUGUCAAGUUUCCAUUUUUUAUAUAGAAAUGUACAGUAUUUUUUGUGCUAGGGGACCCCUUUGAGAUCAAAUACUGAGAAAAUAAUUGGCAGUAAGUAUGUUUUCCAGACACACAAUCAGAUCAAGGCUACAAGUCGUCGAGAAAUGCAUGUGUUUAUUUUCAUAAGGCACCCAGCAAGUUUAGACUUGCAAUUUCCUGCGGUGCGUUGUUCCUCCUGUUUAUCAAGUACAAUUUAUGAAUUGAGUGCAUAUUUUAGUUGGCUACUCACACUCAGUUGAUUUCUGGUUGUUUAAAGGGCAAUGCAAAGGACAUUAAGAGAGCAGCCUGAAAGGAUAGGUUUGGGGUCAUCCAAUGGGAAAUUGUUUGAAUUGCUGCAAGGAGCCAGAACAGUUGGCAUCAGAUUCUGUUGCCCCAAAUUGUAACAAAGAAGAGAUGCCAGAAGUUCGAUUGUACGCAGCUCCCAGUCAUGUACCUGCCUCCUCAGCUCCACUGGACACACUUCUAAGCAACGGAAAUCACUUGGGUACACCGACCGAAAGUGCAUCUGCAACAGCAAUAAAUCGAUUUUACCAGCCAAGUAGAAGAGCUACCUCAAGAUCGGCCCCUACAAUGGGUGUCAGUGAUAGCAAACCGUCAGAUCUGAAGGUAAAUGGCCUUUUCGAGCACUACAAGGAUGAUCAGGAAGACGCCAUUCUGGCCGAAGGCAUCGACCAGUUCUGCAAGGAUUUGACAAUUCUGCCGGACGAUUUCAAAAUCCUGAUUCUAGCCUGGAAACUGAACGCCGAGCAAAUGUGCAGAUUUAGCCGAGCGGAAUUUGUAAAUGGGCUGAAAUCCAUAAAAUGUGACUCGAUCAAAUCCAUACAGAGCCGUCUGCCCGAAUUAGUUCAAGAAGUCGAAGAAAGCGACGAGUUAUACAAGGACCUCUAUAGGUUUGCGUUCAAGUUUGGCCUGGACAUCCAAAUAGGUCAACGAAUAUUACCGACUAGCAUGGCGAUUGUGCUCUGGAAGUUAGUGUUUACCAUUCGAGAGCCCCCCAUCCUAAACCGAUGGCUGAAUUUCCUCGAAACCCAUCCAUUGAUCCGAGGCAUCCCGAAGGAUACAUGGAACAUGUUCCUGAACUUUUCAGACCAUGUGGGCAGUGAUCUAAGUUGUUACGAUGAUAAUGAGGCCUGGCCGAGUUUGUUUGACGAUUUUGUCGAGUUUGAAAACGACCAGGCCAACCAGAAUAUAUCUAAGGAUUUGGAUAAAGAAUGUGAUGAAUUUUUAAUUAAGGAUGGCUAGCUAAUCGUUUAUUGACUGACUGAUAAAUAUUUGUGCGAUAUGUGUGUCUUUCUAGGUGCAAGGCAUAUAAGGGAUGCGCUGCAACGAGUUUCGUAAAAUAUUCUGUUUUGUUUUCUCGGGCCAAAAAUGUUCACUUUUUCUCAUCAGGAGCAAACCGCGGUGUCAAACUGCAACAUACAGUGCAAUAUUAAAUUAUUUUGUAUUUAUUUGACGGUUGCGCUGGAAAAUCCUUUACUGUUGUAGCCUUACGUCCUUAGGUGUAAAGAAGUACCUACUACUAAUACCCAAAAUGUGAAGUAUUGUAAAAAUCGUGAUUGCCUGUAUUUUUUCGGUGUUUUGAGUCUGGUGGUUGUACAAAAUAUACAUAGAAACUGACGCGGAUAAUUCUAUGAAAACUACACCUAUACGAAACAUAAAAAAAGUACAUUUGCUUUUACUUAAAAUAACUCUGGGUAUUUUGUUCAAAUACCCUGACUAAUAGUAACUACUGGAUGGAUAUUUAUACAACGACUAAAAACUCUUCUUUUGAGGGUUUUCAUAUAAUUAUUGGCCGAAGUUACUACGGUUAAAAUAGCUAUUACUGGGUGCCACUGGGGCAUCAUUUAAGUAAGUUUACCCAGGAGUAAACCAUAAUUUAAAACUUCUGUUCAUGUACUUUAAAGUGAAAGCUUGCAUUCGAAAUAAGUUGUAUAGUUUCUCAGUUAAUGUAAAUUUAGUUAGUAAAUUAAUGUCUUAAUUUAUGUUGUAGUGAGUAUAUUAAAAUGUGUUGACAGAGGACCGUGACGCUCAUAUCAAAA